AAACUGCUGCUGCACCUUGCCACCGGCCGCACAAGCCGACGAGCCGCCGCUCCAGCUCACGCCCCACGCGUCCGUGUUCCAGGGCGCCGCUCCAUGCAUGGCGGCAUGGGCGCGGCGCCUACUUCUUCUCCCCUUCCGAACCCCCGCGCCGCUCUCACGCUACACUCCUACCCUCCCCGCCGGCCCGCCGCUGGACAGUAGCAGUGAGGAGAGGCACGCAAGUGGCGAUGGCGGCCCGGUGGUGCGUCGCGUUGCUCGUGGUGGCGCUGGCCGCGGCGGGGGCUGGCGCGGAGGAGGGGGAGUGGGACCCCGUGAUCCGGAUGCCUGGGGAGAAGGAGCCGGCCGCGGCGCGGGGAGGCGAGCGGCUCGACGAGGAGGAGGAUGACGGCGUCGGGACGAGGUGGGCGGUGCUCGUCGCCGGCUCCUCAGGCUACGGCAACUACAGGCACCAGGCUGAUAUAUGCCAUGCGUACCAGAUACUGCGGAAGGGAGGGCUAAAAGAGGAGAACAUUGUGGUGUUUAUGUAUGAUGAUGUUGCCAAUAGUGCACUCAACCCAAGGCGAGGGGUUAUCAUCAACCAUCCGGAGGGUGAAGAUGUUUAUGCUGGUGUGCCGAAGGACUACACUGGGGACCAAGUCACCGCUAAAAACUUCUAUGCGGUUCUCUUGGGUGACAAAACUGCAGUCACCGGAGGCAGCAGGAAGGUUAUCGAUAGCAAACCGAAUGACCAUAUUUUUAUCUAUUACUCAGAUCACGGGGGCCCUGGUGUUCUUGGUAUGCCCAAUCUACCAUAUCUUUAUGCUGGUGACUUCAUAAAGGUGUUAAGAGAAAAACAUGCUUCCAACAGCUAUGCAAAAAUGGUUAUAUAUGUGGAAGCAUGUGAGAGUGGCAGUAUAUUUGAGGGCUUAAUGCCAGAAGACCUGAAUAUUUAUGUCACGACUGCAUCCAAUGCAGAAGAAAGUAGCUGGGGUACAUACUGUCCAGGAAUGGAACCAUCACCUCCUUCUGAGUACAUUACCUGCCUUGGUGAUCUCUAUAGCAUCUCUUGGAUGGAAGACAGUGAGACUCACAAUCUGAAGGAGGAAACAAUAAAGGAACAGUAUGAAGUGGUGAAGGAGCGUACUUCGGGAUCAAACAAUUAUGGCGCAGGCUCUCAUGUCAUGGAGUAUGGGGAUAAGACCUUCAAGGGCGAGAAGCUUUAUCUUUAUCAAGGUUUCGAUCCUGCUAAUGCCAACGUCACAAAUAAGCUGCUUUGGCGAGGCCAAAAGGCUGUGGUCAACCAAAGAGAUGCAGAUAUUUUAUUCCUUUGGAAGAGGUAUGAGCUGUUACAUGAAAAAUCUAGAGAGAAGCUUGAAGUUCUGAGGGAGAUCACUGGAACUGUAACGCAUAGGAAGCAUCUCGACAGCAGCAUUGAUUUUAUCGGAAAGCUUCUCUUUGGGGUUGAAAAUGGGCCUUCCACGCUUGGAGCCGUUAGAGCUCCUGGCCAGCCACUCGUUGAUGAUUGGGACUGUGUGAAGCGAAUGGUACGGAUCUUCGAAUCCCAUUGUGGGUCGCUCACUCAGUACGGUAUGAAGCACAUGCGGGCAUUCGCAAACAUAUGCAACAGUGGCGCACCUGCCACCGCGAUGAAGGAAGCUAGCAUCAGUGCUUGCGGCAGCUACAACUCGGCGAGAUGGAGCCCGUUGGUCCAGGGCUACAGCGCAUGAUGAUCUUCUACAGGUUCUGGGUAGCAAUAAUGCGUAAAGGACAAUAACUGCUUAGCUUGCUUAGUCUGCUCAUGCCCAACUUAUAUGGAUCUGUAUAAUACGUAUGUGUAUCAGUGUAUGUAGGACUAGUUCAUCUGUAAAGCACUGCAAAACCUACCUUGUUGCGCCUCUGUACCAUACAGUUGUAGUGUGUAAUGAUGUGCGUCUGUAUA